GCCUCUCGAGAAACCCGAGUGCCCACGGGGACACAUUCCGCUAUUAUAAAUAAUUUCUUCCCAUUUAGCUGACGGUCAGUGUUACGGCUACAGUUGAAUCGCGCUCACUGCACGGUGUCUGCCACAAUUCGCACCGUGAUUUUCGGAUUCGACUUUCGAUUACAGUUUAGAAUUUGGCACGAUGAUAAUACUGCCAAACUCGCGGACAUGCGUAGUGCUUAGUGUGGUGGUUCUGUGUGCGGCAAGUGCCAGUGCUCAAGGUUGGCUUAAAUCGCUGGUCCGAUCCACGAACGGCACGCUCGACGUGCGCUCAUUCCCGGGCGAACAGUGCUUACGCCAGUGCGAUGAAACGCAGCCCCGGAUUUGCUACUUUUCCUGGACGAUGGAACACUAUCACGUGAUGGGACCUGCUUGUCGCGAUUGUGCGAAGGGCAAUCAUACGGACUGUUACCAUCCUGCCUGCAUAACGGCGGACGGUGUCGAACGAGGUGUCAUGAGCCUGAACCGCCACAUACCCGGACCGGCGAUCAACGUUUGCCAUAACGAUCUGAUCGUGGUUGACGUAACGAAUGCAAUGGCUGGCACGGCGGCUGCUAUCCACUGGCAUGGUCUGCAUCAGCGUGCCACACCGCACAUGGACGGUGUUCCCUUCAUUACCCAGUGUCCGAUCGGGUUCGGGAAUACUUUCCGCUACGCUUUUCUCGCGACGGAACCCGGUACACAGUUUUACCAUUCGCACUCGGGCCAUCACAAGGUAAACGGACACUAUGGAGCGUUGAUUGUGCGUGAGCCUAAGGCAGCGGAUCCUAAUGGCCAUCUGUAUCACUACGACACACCGGCCCAUGUGAUUGUCGGUUCGGAUUGGAUGCAUAUCGAUGGGGAGAUGUUUAUGCCGGGACUGCCGUCCGCCGGUGGGAUAAUGCCCAUCAAUCUGCUCAUCAAUGGUCGCGGACAGUACUAUGAUCGUGAAAUGAACGAAACGACGAACGUGCCGCUGGAGGUGUAUACAGUGCGGCGUGGAGCACGGUUUCGUUUCCGCUUCAUCAAUGCCGCUAGUCACGUGUGUCCGCUGCAGUUGCAGAUCGAGGACCACUUUAUGGAGAUAAUUGCUAGCGAUUCCUUCCAUCUGCAGCCACGGAAGGUGGACACACUGAUCACUACGUCCGGUGAACGGUACGAUUUCGUGUUGGAAGCCAACGGACCUAAAGACACCUACUGGGUACGAUUGCGAGCUCUUGGGCCUUGUGCGGAUCUCGAGCUGGAACAGUUCGCCGUACUGCGGUACACCAAUGGACCGGUAGUGGACGAUGCCUUCCCUACCAACAAACCACCAACGUUUGAAGCUCCCUUUCCUAACGUUGCUACCGUCAACCAUCCAAAUGCGACCUGCGGACGUCCCGAGUUUGGUGACUAUUGCAUCACCGACUUCGAGGCGUACGACACGGACGAAGAUAUCAUCAACGGAACGCCCGACCAUCAGCUUACGUUCGGUUUCAUUAACAAUCUCGUAAGCUUCCGGACCAUGUUCGAGACGCAUCCUUACGAGCACUUUAUGAAUAUCCACGGUUCGAUAAUGCUGCAGGGUGCCAUCAACAACAUUAGCCUCGCGUACCCACCAUUUCCACUGCUCACCCAACCCGACCAGAUCGACGAGAGCAUGUUCUGUGAUGAGCACCAGCGUCCAGCGCGCUGUUCCGAUCGACAGCUGUGCAACUGCAUCCAUCGGGUCAAGAUCGAACUGGGUGAUCUCGUGGAGCUGUACAUCCUCGAUCUAACGCCCUCCGUUAACGAUCUGAACCAUCCGUUCCAUCUGCACGGUUACCAGAUGUUUGUGAUGGAGCUCGGCCAGGAUCGACGUGUGCCGAUCACGUUCGAGAUCGCACAGCAAAUUGCACGCCAGCGGCUGGUGCAGCGCAAUACGGUCCCACUGCCACCGCGCAAGGACACGGUCUCGAUACCGAGCCGGGGAUACGCACGCGUACGGUUCCGUGCGAACAAUCCCGGUUUCUGGCUGAUGCACUGCCACUACGAGUGGCAUACCGCCGUCGGUAUGGCGCUGGUGCUGCAGGUAGGCGAAACGGACGACAUGGUCAAGCCUCCGGCAGACUUCCCCAAGUGUAACAAUUACACACCCGCGGUCGAUGCGCUGCUACAGGAAGGUCUAUAGGUCGAAUUGGGCAUCUGCACGUAAACACGUAUUUAUUCUAGCUACUGGGCAAUAUCGCCCUUGGCUUAUCGCCCGCUUCUCAGCUGUGUUGAUCUAGGGUAAUAAAUUAUUUCAAGCAUCCUCAAGUGGUAGGGAUUCGUAACAGAGAAGAAGGAGGAAAAAAAAACACUAAACUCACCUUAAGGAAAGUAGCGCGGGGGUAUUUAUUUACUGCAGUUGCAAAGAGGUGUUGCAAAGCAGGGAACAACUAUGGAAAUAGUAGUCUAGACUAGUGUUAAGCUUGUUAUGAUAGAUCGAUAUCUCAAUAAACUAGUCACAUUUUAUCAGUAA